AUGUUCGUGAACUUGCGCAGGUUCCCCAAUGUUACCAGGCGUUUGCUCGUCCCGUCCCCCUCCCGUCGCCUUCACUCCCUCCUCCGGUCGCCUUCACUUCCCCCUCCCGUCGCCUUCACAUCCCCCUCCCGUCGCCUUCACAUCCCUCUCCCGUCGCCUUCACUCCCUCCUCCCGUCGCCUUCACAUCCCUCUCGCGUCGCCUUCACUCCCUCCUCCCGUCGCCUUCACUCCCUCCUCCCGUCGCCUUCACUUCCCCCUCCCGUCGCCUUCACUUCCCUCUCCCAUCGCCCUCGCUCCCCCCUCCCAUCUCCCUGCUCAUUCUCCCGUCGCCCUCGCUUCCCCGGCUCACCCUGUUUCCUCUGCUCCUUCGCUACCCCCCGGCUCUCUCUGUCUGUCUCCCCUGCUCAUUCUCUUCCCAGUCUCCCCCCCAAUCCCCCACAACCUCUUCCACAAUUCCCUUUACCCCCUUACCCUUCCCUUCUCCCCCACGCCAUUCCUCCCCUUCCCCCACUCCAACCCCUCCAUUCCCCUUCGCUAGACCUCCUCUUACGUGUCUUUUCCACCCCCUCACCCACCUCGUCCUCUCCCACUCGCGCGGCGCCACACUUCCUCCUCCUCCGCACCUCACCACCCUCCACCGCACUCCACUCCUCCAGGACCUCACACCCCGCCCUGCGGCUAGCAGUGGUUACAAGCAGCAGUAUCCCUCACACACCUCCACCUCUACCCUGCUGCUGUCUCUCACGCCCUUGUGUUACACCUCGCCCACUCCCGUCCCCACACGAUAUGCCAGCUCCUCACCACUCUCCACCGCACUCUACUCCCCCUCCACGCACUCAUAG